UGGAUAUUGGAGAAAGCGGUUGGUUUGAACCCAAGGUUAUUGCUUAGGUAAUCUUAGGAAUUCGACCGACCUGUUUAAGGUUUGCAGCUUUUUGAAAACUUAUAACAUUCAUGUCGAAAUUUCAAUUACUCUUCUGCGUGAUCUGUAUAUUCACUUUCAUAUGUGUGAUAGAAAGUUCUUGGAAUGUUACUAUCAAUCAUAAUCCAAAUUGUAAUCUUUCAAAAGAAUGUGAUAAAUAUGAUGUGAUAUACAUUAAUGGUCGUAAUUUAACAUCUUCAGUACACGUGUUCAUAACAGCAUCUGAACGAUUUUCUUUUCCAUCAGUAUUGAUUGUUCACAGUUCAUCAGCUGAAGUUGAUCCUGUCAUAGAUUGGGAUAAGUUGAAUGCAUCUUCUGGAAAACGAUUAAGUUUGAAAAAUGUUACCCAGUCAUACGCUCUUGUAUUUUAUAAGAUGGUUGAAUAUAAUGAUUUAUCCGAUAAUGUGAACAUGUCUAAUUAUCCAAAAAAUUCUGAUCAAAUCCGCAGUCAUUAUUUUAAUGAAUUUCAAUGGAAACGUAAUCCAAUCAAUGAUACUAGUUCAUUAACAUUUGAAAAUAAUUUAUUUGAAAUAACCUACAAUGGAACUAAGCCAAACAUGACGUCAUCAUAUGAACAAGUUAUUAUUAAGUUUCGUAUCAGUAAUACAACUCAACAUGAUCAAUCAAUGCCACAUUUAUUAUUUACACCUGGUCGAAUUGUACAAUUCGAUGUGUUAUUCAAUAAUUUAACUAGUCAUUUUAAUCAAAGUCGUUUUGGUUUACAAUUAUUACUGAUGUCCAAUUUAACAUUGCAACCGAAUGAAGAAUUUCGUCGAGAAAUUCUUUUCAAUAUUGAUGAUGAAUUAACACCGGGAAAUUUUGAGAUGAUUAAUUUUCUAUUAGGUGAAUCAGUAUCUAAACUCACUAAUAACAAUCCUAAUGAUGAUAACCAAUACUUGAGUAAUUCAACGCAUCCAUCAGCAUUUCUACAAAUUAAACCAUCUUGUUUUAUUGAUGAUCAAGUAAGAACGGUGCAAAAUAGUCGUAAUGUUUAUAUUGGUCAACAUCAAGAUUUAUUCAUGAAUUAUGAUGAGCACGAAAGUGGUAAUUUAUCACAAUCUCACUUAUUGAACUAUUCAUUUCCAUCGAUUUUUUAUGCGGAUCGAUUAAAUGCCAGUCAUGACCAGGCGAUUGGUUUACGUCUAUUAAAUCUAUCCUUUGGUACAUCAAUGGAUGGAUUUUAUGAGAAGACAAAAUUUAUUGUAUGGACUGCAUCAUUUGGUUUAGGCAAUCCACCAACAGAUAAUCUCUCAUCAUUGUUGAUCAGUUUAAUUAUAUUCUCCAUGUUGAUUAUUAUUAGUUCAAUUAUUGUAGGCAUAAUAUUAGUGAUUGUUUUACGUCGACGCAGUACUACUACUACUAAUACCACUAGUCAUCCGGAUAGACAACCAAUUCUUAGUCAUUUUGUAAAUGAUCCUAUUUCUUAGAUUUGAAGAAAAAUUUUUGAUUAUUUUCUACUCUUUUUUUUAAAAAAAGAAAAUCUUGUCCUCCAAAAUUUUUUUUGAUUACUUCUCUAUGAGAAAAAACACUGACACUAAUAUGAUUCUUUGAUAAAUUUUAUAUAUUGUAAUAUCAUUCUCUUAUUGUAUCGAUUGAUUUAGUUAAUUUGACCUUUAAUUAAUAUUUAUAUACAUAUAUAUGAAAAUCUACACAGAAUUAAUAGUAAUUACUAUUCUUGUGGCAUUAACAAACAAAUUGUUUUAACCUAAUCUGACCGCGAUAACUAUUUGUAUGAUUGAUAUCAGUUUUUAUUAUUUAGUUAAAUUUAAUGAAGUGUAUUCAUCUCCCGAGAACUUAGAAGGUUAGUAGGUUAGUAGUUUUUGUCAUUGCACUAAAAGCUGGUUGUGGUCCCUAAAGAAAGAAGUAUGGCCAGUUACUUUAAAUAAAUUGUUAUCAUAAAUGAAUAAUAA